AUGUCCGAGGUACCAACGCAGGUCCACGGCAACCCAGACAAGAUUGACCAGGCGCCCAAGAAAGAACUCCUACGGGUCCUAGUGACGAGCGGAACCACCGCGAUGGCACACACCAUAUCAUGGGCCAUUGCCCAGGGUACCGUGUUCGGCUUCGACCAACCGGUCAUUUUGCACCUCCUAGACGCCAAGGGAACCAUGAGUACGCUCGAGGGCAUAGUCCUCGAACUGCUCGAUUGUACCUUCCCUCUACUACGCCAGGUGCUCAUGACCACGGUCGAUGACUCGGCCUUUACGGACAUCGACGCCGCCUUCCUGCUUUACGAGGCCCCCGCCAUGCCAGUCGAGGAAGGCGUUAAACUCUUCCGGCGCUACGGCUCCGCUCUCGAAACGUACGCUAAGAAGACAAUCAAGGCAGUCGUUUGCGGCACCUACGCGCCAAUCAACGCUUUCGUCUGCAUGCGGAGCGCACCAUCCAUCGAUCGUCGGAACAUCUCCGCGCUUACGCGGCUAGAACACAACCAGGCGCUGGCGCAGAUCGCCGCCAAGCUCUCGGUCGCGCCCAACAAGGUGAAGAACGUCAUCGUCUGGGGUGGUCUCCAGAACAUCCCGGACGCGUACAACGCCUAUUUUCACCACAGGGACGCCGUCGUGGCGGUCACCGAGAGCGUCAAGGAUGACGACUACUUUCUGAAGGAGUUUUCCGACGUCGUCUGCAGCAGGGGCCGCGCCGUGCACGACGCCCGCAAGAAAUAUCCGUCCCUGUCCAAAGGCAAGGCAGCCUGCGACCACAUGCACGACUGGUGGCAGGGAACGCCUGACGGCACCUGGGUGUCCAUGGGCGUUGCCAGCGACGGUUCGUAUGGAGUGCCUGAUGGAAUUGUCUACAGCUUCCCAGUCUGCAUCGGUUCUGACAAAAACUGGGUCAUUGUGAAGGGAAUUAAGCUCCAGUCGAUGACUGAGCAAAAAAUACACGAGUCGGUAAAACAUACAAUGAGCGAGGUAGACAAGGCUCUAGGAAGUGUGCUGGUCAGCUAA